UGACAUGGACCUAACACUCCUUUUGAAAAUGAAAGUAGAAAAUCGUCAGUUGUGAAACAAUAACAAUGCUGUGAAGCAUCAAGAUGAAGAAUGAGUUUUAUACGAGACAGUCGUAUCAGUCAGAGUCUGAAACAGGUUCUGGAUACCGUAGAGGAUGUACAGGAGCAUUACCUGGCGGCGGAAGACGAGGAAUUUGACAGCUUCCAGGAAAACCUGACGCUUAAAAUAGAGAACCAGGAAGUCUCAAAACCAAAGGAUGACAGGAAAUCAGCAGUUAUAUCUAUCAGUGGAGACAACCCCGGAACAAGAGCUGUGAUAUUUGAAGUUAUAAAAGCAGAGAAAGUGAGCGAGGGGAGAUCUUCCUUUGUGAGGUACACUUUAUCAGUCAGCACAGAAGGUGAGCCUGAAAAGACUCCAGGUAUUAUAGAGAAGAGGUAUUCAGAUUUCAGUGACCUCAAUACAAAACUAAAGAAAUGCUUCCAUAAAGAUAUGGAGCUCAUAUCAUUUCCUGGAAAAUUAGUGAUGGGAAAUUUCACAGACGAAACCAUAGCUCAAAGGAGCCGAGCCUUUGAGCAGUUUCUGACACACAUAUUUACAAUUGAUUCACUUCGGUUUUCUGAUGAGUUGAAAAAUUUUCUUUAUCAAGAAAGAAUGCAGGAAGGACUGGAAAGCAUACAUAGAGGAAAUUUUUCUCACUGUGUAGCUGUGAUGGAGAAAUACCUCCCUGUGCAAGAGAGAGUUAUGGGGGAUCAGCAUAGCGAUGUGGUGUGCACGCUCUGUGUCCUGUCUGUCUGUCACCAAAAGCUAGGAGACCGAGAGGCGGCACUUGAAUAUGCUGAGUCAGCACUUUCUUGUAUUAAUGACGACCAGACUAGUCCGUUCCUUGUUCCUCUGCUGGACCACACUAUCUACCUUUGUUGGGUGCUCUGUCGGGAAAAGAGCCACCUAGAGGCCAGACUGGGUGGACUCAGAGACAAGGGAGCUAAAUCUGAGGAGCUUCUGACAGUCAUAUUGAACUACACCAAGUUUGAUUCUGUGUGGUAUGAGGAUAAGUAAUGAUUCUUCUCAAACUGUAAAUAGUUUCAGUAUGGAGAUGUGCAGCAUUUAAAAAUUGAAAAAUUACGAGGAAAUUCAUAAUUAUACAACUUUAUUUUGUGACUAAGGAAACUUUCUACAUAAAUACAAAGAUAAAUACGUCUAGAAAGAAAUAUUCAUAAGAAAAUGAGGACCAUGACUCAUGAAACUUGCAAAUAUUUCUCACAGUAUAUUGUAGCAUAAUAUAUGCUAGAUAAACCUAACAAUCAGAUCUGUUUUAUUAACUGUGUCACUCUAAAAUGAAGUGAAGGAGGGGGACAGGUUAUUGUGCCAAGGCAUUAUAUUGAUGCUUGUAGCCUUAUUUUGGCAGGAUUGUUUGUUUUUUUUAUUUCUUUAUACAUUGUUUUAAUUUGACAUGUUGCAUAAUAUUUAUACUAACAUAAUAUACAUAAUAUUUAUACUAACUGGUAUAUUCAAGAGCUAAUUUUUUAGUGUGAAAAUAAUAUAAAAAGACAAAAAUAAACAUAUAAAAAGUUGAA